CCCCCUGCAGGACCCCGAGCGGCCAGGUCCUCCGUCCGUCGUGGGUCUCAGGCUCCCUCUCCCCGCCGCGGCGGCCUAGCAGUUGUCAGCAGCGGUCGCCGCCGCCGCGAGGCCAGAGCAGAGCCGGGAGCCGAGGGAGGGGGCCCCGCGAGAGAGCAGCGCCCCGGCCGCCGCCGCCCGGGCGCUAAGGGUCGCUUUCCACAGUGCAUAUGCCAGGCAGUCCAUGGGAACCUGUUUUGACUUAGUCUCAACUGGGAAGGCCCAGAUCUUUGGUGCCUGGUAUAAGUGCCUAUCACACAGUGGCCGGAGUGUCAUGCCAGCGAGCCCCAGGCCCUUCCUGAUGUCCUGUGAGGCGUCAGUGCUCCCGAGCUCCAAGGUCAGCCCACUGCACUCCAGAGGCCUACCGGCCCCACCCCAGAGCCCUCUGUGCAGCGCCACCUCCUCCCAGCCAGACCUCCUGUAGCCCCAGAGGAAGGCCUCAGCCAGGAGCCUCUGCCAGGACUCAGACUUUUCCAGAAAAGGAAGUCAUCGACUUCUCUGACCAGAAGACUUCUUUGAACUGUGACCUUUCCACAUUCCCCUCUUGGUAGAGGAGGAACCUUCAUCUCGGCCAAGCCAGGCACCCAUCAGCUCGCUGUGGGGAUGAUCAGCUCCGCUGGAGGCACUGCUUUCCCCUCUUAGCCUAAACCACUUCUUGAAACUGUUCAUAGGCCAUAGGCCUUCGUGGGACCGUGAGCUGUGGAGGGCCCCUCUCCGCUCCAUCUGCAUCCUUGGCGCAGACGGUGAUCAGGAGCUCUCCAGGGCCUCCCCUCCUCUGCCGCCCUCGCUGCCCACCUCAGGUCCAGCCUCGGCAUUCAUGCCUGCAGCUUACGGAACUAGGUGCUUCUAGUCGUGAGCGUCCUGGGGUCUUCCUGACCUAACUCCAACUCCCUCCUCUAGAGUGACCCUUCUGGUGAGGAUGGCGGUGCUCAGGCAGCUGGCGCUCCUGCUCUGGAAGAACUACACUUUGCAGAAGCGGAAGGUCUUGGUGACCAUCUUGGAGCUCUUCCUGCCCUUGCUGUUUUCCGGGAUCCUGAUUUGGCUUCGCCUGAAGAUCCAGUCAGAGAACGUGCCCAAUGCCACCCUCUACCCUGGCCAGUCCAUCCGGGAGCUGCCACUGUUCUUCAGCUUCCCUCCACCAGGAGCCGCCUGGGAGCUCGCCUACGUCCCAUCCCAGAGUGACGCCGUGAGGACCGUCGUGGAGACGGUGAGGAGGACGCUGGUGAUCAACAUGAGAGCUCGCGGCUUCCCCUCCGAAAAGGACUUUGAGGACUACGUCAGGUACGACAACCGCUCCGCCAACGUGCUGGCCGCCGUGGUGUUCGAGCAUGCCUUCAACCACAGCAGGGAUCCCCUGCCGCUGGCGGUGAAAUAUCACUUACGGUUCAGUUACACGCGAAGAAAUUACAUGUGGACCCAGACAGGCUCCUUUUUCCUGAAAGAGACAGAAGGCUGGCACACCACUUCCCUUUUUCCACUCUUCCCCAGCCCAGGACCAAGGGAACCCACGUCCCCUGACGGCGGAGAACCUGGGUAUAUCCGUGAGGGCUUCCUGGCCGUGCAGCAUGCCGUGGACAGGGCUGUCAUGCAGUACCACGCCAACGCCUCCACGCACCAGCUGUUUGAGAAGCUCACCGUGAUCGCCAAGAGGUUCCCUUACCCGCCUUUUAUCUCGGACCCCUUCCUCGUCGCCAUCCAGUACCAGCUUCCCCUGCUGCUCAUGCUGAGCUUCACUUACACCUCACUCAGCAUCAUCCGGGCUGUCGUGCAGGAGAAAGAGAGGAAACUGAAGGAGUACAUGCGCAUGAUGGGGCUCAGCAGCUGGCUGCACUGGACUGCGUGGUUCCUCCUGUUCUUCCUCUUCCUCCUCGUCACUGUCUCCUUCAUGACCCUGCUCUUCUGCAUCAAGGUGAAGAAGAACGUGGCAGUGCUCGCGCAAAGUGACCCCUCGCUGGUGCUGGUCUUUCUGGCCUGCUUUGCUGUCUCCUCCAUCUCCUUCAGCUUCAUGGUCAGCACUUUCUUCAGCAAAGCCAACAUGGCAGCAGCCAUCGGGGGCUUCCUCUACUUCUUCACGUACAUCCCUUACUUCUUCGUUGCCCCUCGAUACAACUGGAUGACGCUUAGCCAGAAGCUAUUCUCCUGCCUCCUGUCCAAUGUUGCCAUGGCAAUGGGAGCCCAGCUCAUAGGAAAAUUUGAAGCAAAAGGCACAGGUGUCCAGUGGCGAGACCUCCUGAGUCCUGUCAACGUGGACGACGACUUCUCCUUUGGGCAAGUGCUCGGCAUGCUAUUGCUGGACUCCGUCCUCUACAGCCUGGUGACCUGGUAUGUGGAGGCCGUCCUCCCAGGCCAGUUCGGCGUGCCCCAGCCCUGGUAUUUCUUCAUCCUGCCCUCGUAUUGGUGCGGGCACCCGAGGACAGUUCUAGGGAAAGAGGAGGAAGAUGACGACCCUGAGAAAGUGCUUAGGACCGAGUACUUUGAAGCUGAGCCAGAGGACCUGGUAGCCGGAAUCAAGAUCAAGCAUGUGUCCAAGGUGUUCAGAGUGGGGAACAAGGGCAAGGCAGCUGUCAGAGACCUGAACCUGAACCUGUAUGAGGGCCAGAUCACUGUCCUGCUGGGCCACAACGGCGCGGGGAAGACCACCACCCUCUCCAUGCUCACCGGUCUCUUUCCCCCGACCAGUGGACGGGCGUAUAUCAGUGGAUACGAAAUCUCCCAAGACAUGGCUCAGAUCCGGAAGAGCUUGGGCCUCUGCCCGCAGCAUGACGUCUUGUUUGACAACCUGACUGUUGCAGAACACCUGUAUUUCUAUGCUCAGCUGAAAGGCUUGUCGCGCCAGAAGUGCCCUGAAGAAGUCAAACGCAUGCUGCACAUCCUCAGUCUGGAGGACAAGCGGGACUCCCGGAGCAGGUUCCUGAGCGGGGGGAUGAGGCGCAAGCUCUCCAUCGGCAUUGCCCUCAUCGCAGGCUCCAAGGUGCUGAUGCUGGACGAGCCCACCUCGGGCAUGGACGCCAUCUCCAGGAGGGCCAUCUGGGACCUUCUUCAGCAGCACAAAAGUGACCACACCAUCCUGCUGACCACCCACUUCAUGGAUGAGGCCGACCUACUGGGGGACCGCAUCGCCAUCAUGGCCAAGGGGGAGCUGCAGUGCUGCGGGUCAUCUCUGUUCCUGAAGCAGAAAUAUGGCGCAGGCUACCACAUGACGCUGGUGAAGGAGCCUCACUGCAACCCCGAGGGCAUCUCCCGGCUGGUCCACCACCAUGUCCCCAACGCCACCCUGGAGAGCAGUGCCGGAGCAGAGCUGUCGUUCAUUCUUCCCAAGGAGAGCACACACAGGUUUGAAAGUCUUUUUGCUAAACUGGAGAAGAAGCAGAAGGAGCUGGGCAUCGCCAGCUUCGGGGCCUCUGUCACCACCAUGGAGGAAGUCUUCCUGCGGGUCGGUAAGCUGGUGGACACCAGCAUGGACAUCCAAGCCAUCCAGCUCCCUGCCCUGCAGUACCAGCACGAGAGGCGGGCAAGCGACUGGGCCGUGGACAGCCACCUGUGCGGGACAAUGGACCCAACUGACGGCGUCGGCACCCUGAUCGAGGAGAACACUGCCGUCAGGCUCAACACUGGGCUGGCCCUCCACUGCCAGCAGUUCUGGGCCAUGUUCCUGAAGAAGGCCGCAUACAGCUGGCGGGAGUGGAAGAUGGUAGCGGCCCAGGUCCUGGUCCCUCUGACAUGCAUCACCCUGGCCCUCCUGGCCAUCAACUACUCCUCCGAGAUCUUCGAUGACCCCCUCCUGAAGCUGACCUUGGCCGAGUAUGGCAGAACCAUCAUGCCCUUCUCGAUUCCCGGGACCUCUCGGCUGGAUCAGCAGCUGUCAGAACAUUUGAAAGACAUGCUGCAGGCUGAGGGCCAGGAACCUCGAGAGGUGCUGGGUGACCUGGAGGAGUUCCUGAUUUUCAGGGCCUCGGUGGAGGGGGGCGGCUUUAACGAGCGGUGCCUGGUGGCGGCAUCCUUCAGAGACGUGGGCGAGCGCACGGUGGUCACUGCCCUGUUCAACAACCAGGCGUACCACUCGCCGGCCACCGCGCUGGCCAUCGUGGACAACCUUCUGUUCAAGCUGCUGUGCGGCCCUCAGGCCUCCAUCACGGUCUCCAACUACCCUCAGCCCCGGAGUGCCCUGCAGGCCGCCAAGGAUCAGUUCAACGAGGGCCGGAAGGGAUUCGACAUCGCCCUCAACUUGCUCUUCGCCAUGGCAUUCUUGUCCAGCACAUUCUCCAUCCUGGCGGUCAGCGAGAGGGCCGUCCAGGCCAAGCACAUGCAGUUUGUGAGCGGAGUCCACGUGGUUACUUUCUGGCUCUCGGCUCUGCUGUGGGACCUCAUGUCCUUCCUCGUCCCCAGUCUGCUGCUGCUGGUGGUGUUCAAAGCCUUCGACGUGCACGCCUUCACGCAGGACGGCCACGUGGCCGACGCCCUGCUGCUGCUCAUGCUCUAUGGCUGGGCCAUCAUCCCCCUCAUGUACCUGAUGAGCUUCUUUUUCUCGGGGGCGGCCACUGCCUACACGAGGCUGACCAUAUUCAACAUCUUGUCGGGCAUCGCCACUUUCCUCGUGGUCACCAUCAUGCGCAUCCCAGCGGUCAAGUUAGAAGAACUUUCCAGAACCCUGGACCGCGUGUUCCUGGUGCUGCCCAACCACUGUUUGGGGAUGGCGGUCAGCAGUUUCUACGAGAACUACGAGACAAGGAGGUACUGCACCUCCUCUGAGGUGGCAGCCCACUACUGCCGGAAACACAACAUCCAGUACCAGGAGAACUUCUAUGCAUGGAGCGCUCCGGGGGUUGGCAGGUUCGUGACCUCCAUGGCCACCUCAGGGUUUGCCUACCUCACCCUGCUGUUCCUCAUUGAGACCGAUCUGCUGUGGAGGCUGAAGGCCUGCCUGUGUGCCUUCCGGAGGAGGCGAGCGCUGACAGAAGUGUACACCCAGACGUUAGCGCUUCCUGAAGACCAGGACGUGGUGGAUGAAAGGAACCGCAUCCUGGCCCCCAGCCUGGACUCCCUGCUGGACACGCCUCUGAUUAUCAAGGAGCUCUCCAAGGUGUAUGAGCAGCGGGCGCCCCUCCUCGCCGUGGACAAGGUCUCCCUCGCAGUCCAGAAAGGGGAGUGCUUUGGCCUGCUGGGUUUCAACGGAGCCGGCAAAACCACGACUUUCAAAAUGCUGACUGGGGAGGAGACCAUUACUUCUGGGGACGCCUUUGUUGGGGGCUACAGCAUCAGCUCUGACAUCGGGAAGAUGCGGCAGCGGAUUGGCUACUGCCCCCAGUUUGAUGCCCUGCUGGACCACAUGACGGGCCGGGAGACACUGGUCAUGUACGCCCGGCUCCGGGGCGUCCCCGAGUGCUACAUCGGCGCCUGCGUGGAGAACACGCUGCGGGGCCUGCUCCUGGAGCCGCACGCCAACAAGCUGGUCGGGACGUACAGCGGCGGCAACAAGCGGAAGCUCAGCACCGGCAUUGCCCUGCUUGGAGAGCCAGCAGUCAUCUUCCUGGACGAGCCGUCCACUGGCAUGGACCCCGUGGCCCGGCGCCUGCUCUGGGACACCGUGGCAAGGGCCCGCGAGUCCGGAAAGGCCAUCGUCAUCACCUCCCACAGCAUGGAGGAGUGUGAGGCCUUGUGCACCCGGCUGGCCAUCAUGGUGCAGGGUCAGUUCAAGUGCCUGGGCAGCCCACAGCACCUCAAGAGCAAGUUUGGCAGUGGCUACUCCCUACGGGCCAAGAUCCGGAGCGACAGGCAGCAGGAAGCCCUGGAAGAGUUCAAGGCAUUCGUGGACCUGACCUUCCCAGGUGUUUGGUGUUCUGGAGAAGGCCAAGGAGAAGUAUGGCAUGGACGACUACUCUGUGAGCCAGAUCUCGCUGGAGCAGGUCUUCCUGAGCUUCGCCCACCUGCAGCCACCUGUCGAGGACGAGGGGCCGUGAGGAGCCGGGCUCACAGGUGGGCAUCCUCUCUUGCUCCGAGUUCACCUCAUCCUGCACCUUUAUUUCUGAUCACUGUUUUCUACAAUGGAUUGAAGAAUCAAGGCACAGUAUGGACCGGGUGUGUCGUGCCCUCACGCUGGGAAGCAGCAUGGGAACGUCCGCGUCUCAGGCAUUCUGAAGCCCGCCGUCCAGAACUCAAGAUCCCCACCAAGAGCGUGUCGGGCAGUCUGUGUGGGCAGGCUGCGGGGUCUGGGCGGAGAGCUGUCCCGGAAGGGGCCUCACUGACCCAGGGGUCGAGAGUACCCAGCCAUACCGCUGCGUUCGCACCUGGCAUGGAGCUUCCCUGGGGUGAAAGGGAAGGCCUGCAGGACAGUGGGCAUCGGGCUCACCAGGCUGCCCAGGAUGGACAGAAAGACGCCUGUCACUGUCCUCAGGGGAGAUACGGCUGAAUUAGGCACUGAGGUCUUGGUUUCCAGUGCAGCUGGGUGUCCUGGAGUCCCUCUCCUGAGAGGGUGGACACUGCGCCAGACAGAGCCGGCCCUGAGCCCAGCGUCAUCCCACCAGCGUCUUCCAGAGUGGCCGGUGAGGGGAGGGGUGAGCCACAGGCUGGGAGGCCAGUUGGGGACCACCGUGGGGCUGAGCAGCCACCCAUGGAGGGCACACCUAGUGCGUGGUGACUGUCCACAAAAUAAAGGCUGGGAGGGAACAUGACCGUGGUCUGUGAGUCACGAGGUGGGCCCCCGGGCCCCGUCACCCAGUGCAGUCCCAGCACGAGCCUCCUGUGUCAAGUUCCAGACAAAAACAAGUGCUCGUUUUUCCCAAUAUGUAGUCAGUUUACAGAACUCGCUGCUGUGGAAUAAGCCAAAAAUGCAAGUGCACAAUCAGGGUAGCUAAAUGGCCACCUGAAAGACCCUUUGUCCAGGGUGAGGAAAGAGGCAUGUAGGGUUGGCAGAGGAGGGUGUGGAGCUGGGUGGGCAGGA